UCCCCCGCGGCCAGGAGCGCAGCCGCCGCCGCCGCCACCGCGUCCAACGCCCGCUGCCUCUGUCGCCGCAGCCCGGCCCAGGAGCACAGAGCCGGUGGGGGGGGCCCUGGCCCCGCAGCUCCCCACCCUCCGGGCCGCGUGCGAGCUGCCGCCGGCAUGGGGGGCUGCUGAGAACGGCCACUCCUGCCCGCUGGCACCUCCCCCGGCCACUGGCCACUGGACUCAGGCCAGCGAGCCUCGACCACCUCGCGCCCCCCGUCCGGCGCCUGCCACGGCCCCGCGAUCGGUCCCCCACCCCCGGCUCUGAGCACCGUGUCCCCGCCCCCCCCGCCCGCGCCUGGGACACCUGGGUCUCCCGGCGGCCCCGGAGGACAGGGGCGGGGUGGGGGGGGCAUGAAGCCGCUGGAGAAAUUUUUGAAGAAGCAGACGUCGCAGCUGGCGGGGCGAGCGGUGGCGGGGGGUCCCGGCGGGGGUCCGGGUUGCUGCGGCGGGCCCGGAGGGGGCGGGGGCCCCGGCGGGGGCGGCGGGCCGGCGGCGGGAGCGCGGCCGCUGCAGCGGCGUCAGAGCGUGUCUCGCCUGCUGCUCCCAGCUUUCCUCCGGGAGCCCCCCGCGGAGCCGGGGCUGGAGCCGCCCCCCGAGGAGGAAGCCGGAGAGCCGGCGGGGGUCGCCGAGGAGCUCGGCGGCGGGGCGCCCUGUUGGCUGCAGCUGGAGGAGGUGCCCGGGCCCGGGCCGCUCGGGGGAGGGGGGCCGCUGCGCUCCCCUUCCUCCUACUCUUCCGACGAGCUGUCCCCCGGCGAGCCCCUGACUUCGCCGCCCUGGGCCCCCCUGGGCGGCCCCGAGCGGCCGGAGCAUCUCCUGAACCGGGUCCUGGAGCGGCUAGCCGGAGGGGCCACCAAGGAGAGCGGUGCCUCAGAUAUCCUGCUGGAUGACAUUGUCCUCACCCAUUCUCUCUUCCUCCCCACGGAGAAAUUCCUGCAAGAGCUACACCAGGUCAGCUUUAUUUGGGCAGGAGGCCAGGAGGGUCCGGAGGGGCUAGGGCGGAAGCAGGCCUGCCUCGCCAUGCUCCUGCACUUCUUAGACACCUACCAGGGGCUGCUGCAGGAGGAGGAGGGGGCCGGCCGCAUCAUCAAGGACCUGUACUUGCUGAUCAUGAAGGAUGAAUCCCUGUACCAGGACCUCCGGGAGGACACACUGAGGCUGCACCAGCUUGUGGAAACAGUGGAGCUGAAGACCCCAGAGGAGAGCCAGCCGCCCAGCAAGCAGGUGAAGCCCCUCUUCCGCCAUUUCCGCCGGAUAGACUCGUGCCUACAGACUCGAGUGGCCUUCCGGGGCUCUGACGAGAUCUUCUGUCGGGUCUACAUGCCAGACCACUCCUACGUCACCAUCCGCAGCCGCCUCUCGGCCUCUGUGCAGGACAUCCUUGGCUCUGUGUCCGAGAAGCUGCAGUACUCAGAGGAGCCAGCAGGCCGAGAGGAAUCCCUCAUCCUGGUGGCAGUUGCCUCUUCUGGAGAGAAGGUCCUUCUCCAGCCCACCGAGGACUGCGUCUUCACCACGCUCGGCAUCAACAGCCACCUGUUCGCCUGCACCCGGGCCAGCUACGAGGCCCUGGUGCCCCUCCCUGAGGAGAUUCAGGUCUCACCAGGGGACACAGAGAUCCACCGAGUAGAGCCAGAAGACGUUGCCAACCACCUUACUGCCUUCCACUGGGAGUUGUUCAGAUGUGUGCACGAGCUGGAGUUCGUGGACUACGUGUUCCACGGGGAGCGCGGGCGCCGCGAGACCGCCAACCUCGAGCUGCUGCUGCAGCGCUGCAGCGAGGUCACGCACUGGGUGGCCACCGAGGUGCUGCUCUGCGAGGCCCCGGGCAAGCGCGCGCAGCUGCUGAAGAAGUUCAUUAAGAUCGCGGCCAUCUGCAAGCAGAACCAGGACCUGCUGUCAUUCUACGCGGUGGUCAUGGGGCUGGACAACGCUGCCGUUGGCCGCCUGCGGCUCACCUGGGAGAAGCUGCCAGGGAAAUUCAAGAACUUGUUCCGCAAAUUUGAGAACCUGACGGACCCCUGCAGGAACCACAAGAGCUACCGAGAGAUCAUCUCCAAGAUGCAGCCUCCCGUGAUUCCUUUCGUGCCGCUGAUCCUCAAAGACCUGACUUUCCUGCAUGAGGGGAGCAAGACUCUUGUCGAUGGCCUGGUGAACAUCGAGAAGCUGCAUUCAGUGGCCGAGAAAGUGAGGACUGUCCGCAGGUACCGGAGCCGGCCCCUGUGUCUGGAGAUGGAUGCCUCUCCCCAUCACCUGCAGAUCAAGGCCUACGUGCGCCAGUUCCAGGUCAUCGACAACCAGAACCUCCUCUUCGAGCUCUCCUACAAGCUGGAGGCGAACAGUCAGUGAGCACGGGUUUCCGCGAGACCCCAGGCUCCAAGGACACCUGGCACUCAAGCACUUUGUACCAUGUCCCGGCCCACCUCCGGCUCCUGUCCCUGAACCAACUUCCUGCCCACAGGCAAGAUUUGGGAAGAUUUCCCCCGACCCUCAGGCCUUGUCCACCCUGCUGAAAGCGCCUGCCCCUUGCUUCCUCAAGUCCAGACCACCAGGGAAGGCGGGCAGGGGGCCACUCUGUCUGCACCUGCCCUUGCACUCCGGUUGGAAUUGUGGGUGCGUCAGGCAGACUUCCUCCCCACU